ACCCACGCUCAUCCCAACACCCCCCGUCACUCGCUAUCCCUGACAUACGGAGGUGAAACGGAGCAAAACGAAACGAAACGAUCGUGCGCGCAAAAAAAACAAAAGAACAGACGUCGGAAGAAAGAGGGAUGUCCCAAACAUUCAAUACAAAGUCGCCCACAAUCAAGCGAAUCCGUGCGCGCGCGCCCCCCCCCUCUCCCUCUAACUCAGCUGACAACCUACAGUCCGGGAAGCCGAAGAGCUCUCCAAAAACCCGGCAGAAGACUAUCACGCCGCCCCGCUCGACGAAAACCUCUUUGAAUGGCACUUCACCCUCCGCGGGCCACCCGGCACCCCAUACGCGGAGGGCAUCUACCACGGGCGCAUAACCCUCCCGCCGGACUACCCCCUCCGCCCACCUAGUUUCCGCUUCAUGACGCCGAGCGGGCGCUUCGAGGUCAACCGCGAGAUAUGUCUUUCGAUCUCCGGACAUCACGAGGAUACGUGGCAACCGGCGUGGGGAGUUCGUACGGCGGUUGUGGCGCUGAGAGGGUUCAUGGAAACUGAGGCGAAGGGACAGGUUGGUGGAAUUGAGUGCGAUGAGGAGACCAGGCGGGGCAUCGCGAAGGAGGCGGGGGAGUGGAGAUGUGGCGCGUGCGGUGGGAGGAGUAAUGGGGAGAUUUUGGAGGAUUGUAGGGUUCUGGCUGAGGAGAUGGGGAGGGGGAAGAAGGCGGGGGAAGAGGAGGAAGAGAGGAGAGUAGAGGGAAUCACGAUUGGGUAUAAGGAUGAAGAAAAGCAGAUGGUAGGAGGUGGUUGCGCCAUUGCUGAGGCGAGCUCUACUCCUACAGCUAAGGGGCGGGACACCUUUACCGCGCCCCAACCAACGCCGCCACCAAAUCCCAAUCUCCAACACCCCGAGCCUGCCCCCCCCAUACAACAACCACAACCACAAGUACCACUUCCAGUACCGGCACAAGAAAUCCAAACCCCCUGGCUGGACAAGCUAAUCCUAGCCCUCAUCGCCGUCCUAAUCACGCACGUGAUUAAAAAGAUUGCAUCGCACUUUUAA